AGCUAAAGAGCCCAGGAAGUCGGUGAAUGCAGCCAGAGUCACUAGGGGACUCUCUCCUCUCCCACCACCUUCACCCAUCAUCACUGAAGAGCUGGUUUAAAGCGAGAACGUUUCGGUAUUUCAUUGUGCACAGUCCAUCUCCCUCCCCCACCCCCACACCCAUGUCUUCUGUAGCGCUGUGAAAGCCAAACUUUAUCUGGAAUCUCAGAAUUUCCUCUGCUGACACGAAACAAUAGGCUUGAGUUACCAUGGUAGAAGCAACCCUGAAGAGUAACGGUACAGCAGAGGAAAACAGCAUCAGCUUCUAGUAAACAUGAUUCCUGUCACCGAAUUUCGUCAGUUCUCUGAACAGCAGCCGGCAUUCAGAGUACUGAAGCCAUGGUGGGAUGUGUUUACAGACUAUCUCUCAGUAGCCAUGCUGAUGAUUGGUGUCUUUGGAUGUACAUUACAGGUCAUGCAAGACAAGAUAAUAUGCCUUCCAAAAAGAAUACAGCCUUCACAGAAUCACUCUCACAUUCCUAAUGCAGUCCCAAAUACAACUCCACUUCCUCCACCCAAACCAUCCACUACUCCUGCCACUGUUGAAAUGAAAGGACUAAAGACUGAUUUAGACCUUCAGCAGUAUAGCUUUAUAAACCAAAUGUGCUAUGAACGUGCACUGCACUGGUAUGCAAAGUACUUCCCUUACCUUGUCCUUAUACAUACUCUGAUAUUCAUGCUAUGUAGUAACUUCUGGUUCAAAUUCCCUGGAUCAAGCUCAAAAAUUGAACACUUCAUUUCCAUACUGGGGAAAUGUUUUGAUUCUCCCUGGACAACAAGGGCCUUAUCUGAAGUGUCUGGGGAAGACUCAGAAGAGAAGGACAACAGGAAGAACAACAUAACAAGGUCAAAUACUAUCCAACCUAGCACAGAAGGCACUUUGGUCAAGACUCAGUCUUUAAAAUCGAUACCUGAAAAGUUUGUUGUAGAUAAGGGGACGGCAGGGGCAUUGGAUAAAAAAGAAGGAGAACAGGCAAAAGCACUGUUUGAAAAGGUGAAGAAAUUCCGACUGCACGUUGAAGAAAGUGAUCUGCUCCAUGCUAUGUAUGUUCGUCAGACUGUACUUAAAGUUAUUAAAUUCCUUAUCAUUAUUGCUUACAAUAGUGCACUAGUUUCAGAAGUUCAAUUUACAGUAGACUGUAAUGUUGACAUACAGGACAUGACAGGAUAUAAGAAUUUUUCCUGUAAUCAUACCAUGGCACAUCUGUUCUCUAAACUUUCCUUCUGCUACCUGUGCUUUGUAAGCAUCUAUGGACUAACAUGCCUUUACACUUUAUAUUGGUUGUUCUAUCGUUCACUAAAGGAAUAUUCCUUUGAAUAUGUUCGGCAAGAGACUGGAAUUGAUGAUAUCCCAGAUGUUAAGAAUGACUUUGCUUUUAUGCUUCACAUGAUAGAUCAAUAUGACCCUCUUUAUUCAAAGAGAUUUGCAGUGUUCCUGUCUGAAGUCAGUGAAAACAAGCUGAAACAGCUGAACUUAAACAAUGAAUGGACUGCGGAUAAAUUGAGACAGAGGCUACAAACAAAUGCAUAUAACCGGCUAGAACUGCAGCUCUUCAUGCUUUCUGGACUUCCAGACACAGUUUUUGAAAUUACGGAGCUGCAGUCUCUAAAACUUGAAAUAAUUAAUAAUGUUAUGAUACCAGCAACCAUUGCACAGUUGGAUAAUCUCCAAGAGCUCUCUUUGUACCAGUGUUCUGUGAAGAUCCACAGUGCUGCCUUGGCUUUUCUGAAGGAAAAUCUGAAGAUCUUGAGUGUCAAGUUUGAUGACAUCAGAGAGCUUCCACAUUGGAUGUAUGGGCUCAGAAAUUUAGAAGAGCUCUAUUUAAUUGGUUCUCUCAGUCAUGAUAUUUCCAAAAACAUUACUCUUGAGUCUUUUCGGGAACUUAAAAGCCUUAAAAUUCUAUACAUUAAAAGCAAUGUAUCCAAAAUCCCACAAUCAGCAGUUGAUGUUUCAAGUCAUCUUCAAAAAAUGUGUAUUCAUAACGAUGGCACCAAAUUAGUGAUGCUCAAUAACCUGAAGAAAAUGGUUAACUUGACUGAGUUGGAGCUGGUUCACUGUGAUUUGGAGCGCAUACCUCAUGCAGUUUUUAGCCUUCUCAGUCUCCAGGAAUUGGAUUUAAAGGAAAACAACCUCAAAUCAAUAGAAGAAAUAGUUAGUUUUCAAUAUCUGAGAAAACUUACAAUCCUAAAACUGUGGUACAACAGUAUAACAUAUAUCCCAGAGCAUAUAAAGAAACUCACUAGCCUAGAGCGUCUUUCCUUUAGUCACAACAAAAUAGAGGUUCUUCCAUCCCACCUAUUCCUAUGCAACAAAAUCAGAUACUUAGACUUGUCUUACAAUGAUAUACGAUUUAUUCCACCGGAAAUAGGAGUGCUGCAAAGUUUACAGUAUUUUUCCAUCACUUGUAACAAAGUGGAGAAUGUGCCAGAUGAAUUAUACUUUUGCAAAAAACUUAAGACUCUUAAGAUUGGGAAAAAUAAUUUGUCAGUCCUUUCACCUAAAAUUGGUAAUUUAGUAUUCCUCUCUUAUUUGGAUAUUAAAGGCAAUCACUUUGAAAUUCUCCCGCCUGAACUUGGUGAGUGUAGGGCUUUGAAGCGGACUGGCUUGGUUGUAGAAGACACUUUGUUUGAAACUUUGCCUUCUGACAUUAGAGAGCAGAUGAAAGCUGAAUAAUUUACUUCCUUUUACUCAGUUUUACAGAAAGAUGCUUCUACCAAAUACACUAUAUAAAUAAUUUGAUAGUCUGAAUAUGCCUUUAUUGAUGUGUUUAUUUUAUUUUUUCUUUUGUCCUUUUAACACAAAACUAUCUGUACAAACAAAUGUGGAGUAAGGAAUAUAUAUAUUUUUAAAUAAAAAUUUACUUGUAUUUUUUCACAGUUUAAAAAUAUUUAAAAGUUUAUUUUGCCCUGAUAACAAAAGUGUCUGAAAAAUUAUUUUGUACUGGCAAAAGCUAAUGGUUAGAUCAACUGUUUCUUAAUUUUGGCUAGAAGAGGAUAGUGUGCUUCCAGCUGUCUACCUUGAGUAGCAUAUUUUUUAAUAGAUGAAUGUAUCAUCUCCUGGGCCAUUGUUAAUACCUUAGGAUCUGAUUUUCUAGGGGCUGAUUCUGUGGGAUGUUGAGCAGCCUCAAUCCCUGUUUUCAUCAAUGGGCAUUGAAGGUGCCCAGUACCUCACAAAACCUGACCUUGAUUAAAUGUCCUUUUGUUGAGACUCCACACAUACCAACUAUUCUCCCAAGUGGUCAAAGUCAUUUAGGCCUGGUGUACACUAGGCGGGGGAUUGAGCUAAGAUACGCAAAUUCAGCUACUAGAAUAGCAUAGCUGAAGUUGACGUAUGUUAGAUGGACUUAAAAUCACUUACUUUGCGUCCUCGUGGCGCGGGAUCGACGGCCACCGCUCCCCCAUCAACUCCACUUCUGCCUCUCGCCAUGGUGGAGUUCCAGAGUCGACGGCAGAGCGAUCGGGGAUCGAUUUAUCAUGUCUACACUAGACGCGAUAAAUCGAUCCCCAAUAGAUCGAUCACUACCUGCUGAUCCGGCGGGUAGUGUAGACAUGGCCUUAGAAAAGUUUCUAAGGAGCGUAAGGAAAUUAGGUGCACAACUUCCAUUGAAAGUUAGUGGGCACCUAACUCCCUUAUGCCCCUCUAAAAAUCUCAGCCUCCAUCUCAUGCAGUAUGCUGAACAGAGCACAUCUGCUGUCGUUAUUCUUCAGAACGGAACGAGUAAGGCUAAGAUUUUCAAAGUAGUAUAGGAGAGUCAAUCUUGGAAGGAGGAGUACUUGUGGCACCUUAGAGACUUUGUUAGUCUCUAAGGUGCCACAAGUACUCCUCGUUCUUUUUGCUGAUACAGACUAACACAGCUACCACUCUGAAUCCUGGAAGGAUUCAAGUUUGAGAUUUUUUUAAAAGAAGGAGAUGUAGCCUCCCACCUUCCAUUAAUUUGAACAGAAGGUAUGUGACUAAGUCACUGCUUUGAAAAUCUCAACCCAGAUCUUUACAUUCUGCAAGGUAAAGAUGAAAUACCACAGUCAGGGCGCUCUCCCUCCCAUCCCACAACCAAGGGCCUAUUCUUACACAGUGGUGAGUGCCUUCAACUUCCAUUGAAUUCACUCCCCUCCCCCCAACACAUCUUCCCCCCACACCAGGGUGUUUGGCAUCUCAUAUGACUGAACUGUUUGGGGCUUAGGGUCGUUGCAGUUAUCUUUGGUCUGUGAAGCUUUUGACCAGGAAACAAAAAUGCUUCCAGCAGCUAAGAAGCUCUGCAGUGGGCUUGGUAGCAUAUUACCAGGCUUGGCAGAGGAGCCUUUAAGAUUAUCAGAAACAAGAUUAAAUUAAAAGAAUCUAAUAUUAACAUGUCAAGUCUCAGCAUAGCAGAGGAUGGUGGUGAAAAUCACAUUUGUUUUAAUUUCCCAGCUAGUGAUUAAAUUGAAAAUUGUACAAUUGGAAGCCUGCUUUUUUAAAUAAUUUAAUAAUCUGUAAUAGGCUGACAUAAUAGUAUAUCAGGUUGGGAAUUUUAUCAGCUAAAUCUAUGUUAAAUUAUUUUGUCAACUACUCCUGCCAUUUACUCUUACAUGGGCAGGUCUGGCAGGUGUUGUCCAUUUUAAUUCUAUGUGCUGUUCAAAAGCUAAUUUAAGCCUAAUAAAAAAUAAUUUAAAAUUUCCCAGGGCGUCUCCUCUUCCCCUGUAUGUUUGAAUCACAAUGCAGGCACUGGAUAAUUGCUAGCAGAUAACUAGAAAUAAAUAUUUCCUUUGAAAGGGCAGUCAUGCUGUUUGUAAAUUGCAGGGGCUUGGCUGCUGAUUUUUAAAAGUUAUGUGAAACAAUUACUAGGUAGUUGUCAGGGUAUUUGCUCUUUGUUGCCAGUAUUGCUUGUGUGGCUUGCACUACAGUUAAUUUAAGUUUUGGGUAUUGGUACAAAAGCAUGUUGUUGCUUUAAGAAUCUGACAUAUGGGGGUGAGAGAGACGAAGAAAAAUAUUUUUUUCCCCAUUAAUCCAGGGUGUACUAUGUAGUUCAGUAAGAAUACUUGCCAUAGUACCAAAGUCUGACUUACUUUUUCCAUAUAAUUAACGAGAUGGGUUGGAUGUGAAGGAACCAAAGCAAGCUUUUUAAGUUUAGCUCUAUAACUGAUGUAGCUAUUGCAAGGGCUACUUUUAUUCAUAUAUGGAAUGCACUUACAAGAACUGCUUCAAAUGUGCUUCAGUUGGAUGUGAUUUGGGAGAGAGAAAUGUUUCAUUGCUUGUAUUAACCUAAUUGUGUAAACCCAAGUGCUGUAGUUCCUGAUGAAUGUAAACUGUUUAAAAUGUCCAAGAAAUCAGUGAAUCUGUAUCAUUCUCUUACUUAGAUCUGAAAUAGAAGAUUACAUUAGGGUUGAUUUAAAAAAAAAUCUUUACAAUGUCUAUAUUUAUAGAUAUAGCAUUUCAAAAACAUGAUUUAUGUUGCGUCUAUUGUCUCCCUUGUAUACUGCAGUGUAUAUUCUGAAUGGAAAUUACACACACCUUUUAGCUAAAGUUUUGAAGGCCUGGCCUACAGACAGUUUUUGUACUGGUAUAACUAGGUCAGUUAGGGAUGUGAUUAUUUAUCUAUUACAGUUGUACCAGUACUACCUCUAGUGCAGUGGCUCUCAACCUUUCCAGACUAGUGUGCCCUUUCAGGAGUCUGAUUUGUCUUGCAUACCCCCAGGUUUCACCUCACUUAAAAACUACUUGCUUACAAAAUCAAACAUAAAAAUAAAAAAGCGUCACAACACACUAGUUGAAAGAAAAAUUGCUUACGUUCUCAUUUUUACCAUAUAAUUAUAAAAUCAAUUGGAAUAUAAAUAUUGUACUUACAUUUCAGUGUAUAGUAUAUAGAGCAGUAUAAACAAGUCAUUGUCUGUCUGAAGUUUUAAUUUGUACUGACUUCGCUAGUGCAUUUGAUGUAGCCUGUUGUAAAACUAGGCAAAUAUGUAGAUGAAUUGGUGUACCCCCCAGAAGACCUCUUUGUACCCCCAAGGGUACGUGUACCCCUGGCUGAGAACCACUAGUGUGGACACAGUUAUACUGAUAUAAACGUGCUUUAUACUGGUAUAGCUUAUUCCCCUUCCUGUAUGGGAGUAGCUAUACUUCUAUAAGCACAUUAAUAUUGGUAUAAUGGCAUCCACACAAGGAGGUUUUAUUGCUUUAAUUAUACAGAUGUAGAUAAACCGGUAUAGUUGUGUUUAGACAAGCCGUUAGAAUCACAAUGAAUGAUAAAAUAUCAAAUCACAGUUAUCAGUUUAAUCUUAUGAAACAAACUCAGGUAAACGGCCUGUUGGCUUUUCUAAACUUCUUAAUAUCUAGUCUGUGGGAUGUAUUUUCAAAUUACAGUAUUUUAGAAAUGCUCUUGCUAACAAAAGAUUGUUUCCUAAUUUCAUAUGAGAUCCAGGAAAGAUUGCAUAUGUAAAUGUAAAAGUGCCAUAUUUACUCAGCCAUUCAUUUACUACUCAUACGUAUAUUUACCUGCAAUGGAUUAUGGAAAAUCUUUCUGGGAAUUACAGUAAUCUAGUAAGAAUGGAUGGACCUUUUAUUGAUAAUACUAUAGGCAUGAUUUGAAUGAGUAUAUAUGUCCAGUUAUAUUAAACAGGUGCCAAGUAACUAACAAAAUUCCCUCAUAUAAACAAAGCAUUCUGCAUCAUUACAGAAAAUGCAAAUCAUUCUUAGUUAUAGAAACAGAGAGAACAGAUGGUGGAUCAAACAUAAGAAAACUACCUUCUGAUUUUUAAAAAUGUGUACUGAACCUGAAAAGCAGACCUAUUGCAUGAUCAGAAUCUGGGUAUGUCUGUUUCCCCUGUUGUAUCUAGCCAGUCUGACUAGCUCGCACAUAUUCCUAGUGAAAAGCACCUGUUCCAAGUCUCAUAUCUCACAUUUCCAGCACUUCCAUUAAUGCAUGUGCUUAAGUGGUGACAAGACCUGUAAGACUCUCAAGGGGAAUCUUUGAAAUUUGACUUAAUAGACAAACAUCUUAAUCCUGUGGUGAGAAACUUCUUCAUUGAUAAUAGGCCUGCCAAAUGUUAUAUUGCAUUAAAGAACACACACAAAAAAUAAUAAAAACUGUUUUUUUGUAAUUUAAAACAUU